UUCUUGUUCAUAUAUAUAUAUUAAGUAAUUAUAUAAAACUAUAUAAAAUGACGAAGAAACCUAGCCUACCAAACCGCAAGAAGGUGAGCCAUCUGGAGUUUUCGACUCAGGAUCAGGUGGCGAUCGCGGCCAGGGAUUAUGGUUUGAUGAGGACCUCCACCAAGGCCCAGACACCGUAUCCUCAUGUGGAUCCCGGUGUGGAUGCCAACCUGCUCAAGGCCCGCCUAUCCAUGCGUCGCCAUUUCGAGAUCAAGCAGUCAGAAAUAUCGGGAAUAUCGAAGGACAAGAUAGAAAGUUACCAUACCAUGAAAACUACCAAGUCCGCAUUGACUGCAAGUUUAAAGAGUGUCCACAUGAAUAAGCAACUGGCGGGUUCGGAAUCAAAUUUCAAAACUUUAUUAUCCACCGGCACUCCGCAUCCCACCAAGUCUGUGGCUCUGAAUGCCAAAGCCCUGUCCACACGCCUCACCGAUGUGAAUUUGAAAUUUGCGCAACCCAGUUCCCCGACGGCGGAGGAUGUCCCAAGAUCGCGAAUAAAAAAGGUCCGACUGAUGGACGCAUCGACCGUGAUUAUGAUCCAGCCGGAUACGACACUGGACUCGGAACGGCUGAGUGAUGUCAGUCUGCGGGUCACCAGGCUAGACUAUAGUGUCGCAAAUAGCCACUUGAGUGUGAGUUCUGUCUCGAGUUUUGCGGAGAGACGUAGGCUAUUCGACGAGGGUGAGUACACUAUCGCUAGGAAGGGUAAAAAAAUGGGUGACAUGAUGAUGGCAUACACAACACUUGAGAAAAGGCUCGCCGACCAUACUACCCAAUUUGCCAAAAAGGCCAAGGAAGAAAUUGAAAAAUAUAUCAAGGCACAGGGACUGAUCAAGACCUCAAAUGACCAACUGAAAUGGAGCCGACAAUUCGACCUUACGUCGCAAGAGACCUCAUCGGAUUCAAUGCAGGAUAAUACACACAUUGUGGUCGAAAGAUACCGGAAUUCGGAGAAUCAAAAAGGAAAAUAACAAAACCCAGUCCGAUAUUAACUAUAAGUUUGCCCUCUAGUGGGAGUGCCGGAGGAGACGAUAUUCUGCACAUUUUACUCUUCCUUCUCCAGCACUCCGGUUAGGCGGUGAAGCGUGAUUACAUUCCACACAUUUGCGAGCUUGUAUUUUGCUAAAUUAUGGUCAAAACUUUAUUGUAUUCAAAAAUAAA